ACGACAAGCCUACAUGUGUCAUACGUCUAGACCUCGGCGGAUGGAAUAGACAUCGGCAGAAAUUAAGCAUGCGGAAUCACCCGAUGACGGUGUUGGCGCGGUUUGCCGUGGACCCAAUUGUCGGUUCGCCGAGAGAGUCGUUGGGAUGCCGAGAGCUGGUGCGGCCGUCGGCGGUUCGGAGGAGGCCGAAGUAUAUGGCCAAGAGCAAGAAAAAGGUCUGGCGCUGUAUGGUGAUGAGGGUCGGUAUCAGGUUUCUGCCCGAUGCCAUGGGUUUGGAGAUCCACCAGAUGGGCUAUAAAGCGUCCCAGUCUCCUGGUGUUGCUGAUGAUGGAUAAGCACGACACUUGAAUACCGUUCUCAUCAUGUCAAAAGAAGUGAUCGAAACAGAAUCCAACAACAAGACCUAUCCCGAAGGAGGCCUCAACGCCAACCUGGUCGUCCUCGGCAGCUUCAGCGCCAUCACCGGCGGCCUGGGCCUGAUGAACAGCAUCGGCAUCUACCAGGCGUGGAUCUCCACGCACCAACUCGAGUCGCUCAGCGAGGGCCAAAUCGGCUGGAUCUUCGGCCUCUACAACUUCAUGGUAUUCUUCUGCGGCAUCCAGAUCGGCCCCGUCUUCGACGCCAAAGGGCCCCGCGUGCUGAUGUGGACAGGAUCCGCCCUCCUCAUCCUCACCCUCAUCCUGAUCGGCUUCUGCACCCAAUACUGGCACUUCAUCGUCGUCAUGGGCCUGCUCGGCGGCAUGGGCACCUCCUUCAUCUUCAUCGUCCCCGUCGCCAGCAUCGGCCACUUCUUCUUCCGUCGACGAGGCGCCGCCACCGGCCUCGCCAUGUGCGGCGGCAGCAUCGGCGGCGUCAUCUUCCCGCUCGUCCUGGAGAACCUCUCCCCCCGUCUCGGCUUCGCAUGGGCCACUCGCAUCGUCGCCCUCAUCACCCUCAUCCUGCUGAUCCCCGGCUGCAUCCUCAUCAAAGCCCGCCUGCCACCCAAGCCCACCACCUCUGCGAAAGUCCUCCUCCCGGACCUCACCAUCCUCAAAGACCCCCUCCUCGCCCUGACCACCGCCGGCGUCUUCUUCAUCGAAUGGGGCUUCUUCGUCCCCCUCGAGUACAUCGCCUCGUACUCCCUCGUCAACGGCAUCCCGCACAGCCUCGCCUACCUAAUGGUCGUGUUCCUCAACGCGGGCUCCUUCCCCGGGCGCUGGCUCCCGGGCAUCGUGGCGGAUAAACUAGGCCGGUUCAACACGCUGAUCGCGACGAAUGUGCUCUGUCUCGUGGCGAUCCUGGGGAUCUGGAUGCCUGCGGACGGGAACGUCGUGGCGGUGGUGGUCUUCGCGGUGGUGUUUGGGUUCGCGAGUGGGAGUAAUCUGAGCUUGGUGCCGGUUUGUGUGGGUGAGUUGUGUCCGACGGAGGAGUAUGGAAGGUUUUAUACGACUGUCUAUACGGUUGUUAGUUUGGGGUAAGUCAUUUUCUCUGGUAUAGCCCUAUGCGAUAUUGCAGGGAAGGAGGCUAAUAAUGAUGCAGGGCCUUGACUGGCGUUCCGAUCGCAGGAGAGAUUAUACAUAAAAGUAAGGGUGAGUACUGGGGGUUGAUUGCGUUCGCGGGAGGGACGUAUGCGGCGGGGUUGGUGUGUUUUAUUGCGGUGAAGGUGUUGCAGGGGAGACGGGGGAAGAAAAUUGAUACUUAGAUUAAUGAU